AUGGCCUUCAAUCCCACCGCCGACCAGAUUGAGUGGCAUAUGCAUCAAUUGAGGCAGUGGAUGGUGCCCACGUCGGUGCCGGCUUCCUCCAAGCCUCCUACGACGACGCAACCGCGAACAUUUCCCCAGGAAUUCUAUUUGCAGAACGUCCCUUCGAAUGACAUGUACGACUAUGACGCCCUCGGUGCCAGUACCCCGGGCUCUGCGCCGCCGACAGCCCUUCCUCGUGCUCAUACCUUUGCCAGCUUGUCCGAAUAUGAUUUCUCUCCCAUGGACUACUUCACUCCGGGCCAGGGCCCGGCGACGCCAGGGAGUUGGGCAGGAGAAGAGCGGGGCAAUUUCGACGAUGGACUCUCCAUCUACUCGGAGGCGCCGUCGAGCUAUCUGUCCUCUGAUCUCUCAGAACAGAACCGGCUUGAAUCCCUCAUCUCGUCGAGCCGCACUACUCCUCCUCUCCUUGCACAAUCGUCUGCCCUAGAUACUACCUCGGAAGUCGACUCGCUCAUGAAGACCUUGCAACCUCCCCAGCCCCAUCUACCGGCGAGCAGUUCCAGUGGCAAGCCCAAGAAGCACCUGUGCCCCUACCCAGACUGUUUCAAGUCCUUCUCUCAGCCAACACACCUCAAGAUCCACCUUCGUUCCCAUACUGGAGAGAAACCUUACACUUGCUCGGUUCCAACGUGCAGGCAGACGUUUUCGCAAUUGGGCAACCUUCGAACUCACGAACGACGACACGUUGGCCAACGACCGAACCGAAAGAGAUCCUCGUCCGAUCCCGGUGCCCGGGCUCGGAAAUACGAAUGUAAACUUGACGGUUGCAGGGGCGUGGACAGCAACCAUGGAGGCAAAGUCUUCACUCAACUGGGAAAUCUCAAAGCACACAUGAAUAAGUUCCACAAAGAGACUUUGGCAAAACUCUCCGAAGAGUUUGCACACAAUGAGGCAGACCCUGCAAAGGCUGAGCUUCGUGCCUAUUUCCAGGAUCUCUACAAGCAUAGCAACAAGGGCAUAAAAGGAAGGGGCAAAGGCCGGAAAGUCGAGGUCAUCGUUACGCCUGAUGAACCUUGA